AUGCCGCGAGGGAAGCUUUUGACUGUGACGGAACGUGAGCGCAUUAAAGUCUACAACGAAGAAGGACUAAGUAACCGUGAGAUCGCCCGACGCAUUAAACGCACCGAGGGGGCCAUUAGGAACUUCCUGAAGGCGUCCACACGGACACACCAGCCUCAGAAAGUGGGCAGACCAUCGAUUCUUCACGAGCGGGAUGCCAGGCAGAUUUUUCGCCUAGCUGUUUCUCGCAACCUGUCCUCCAAGAAGAUCGCGGCCCUAAUUCCCGUCCGCCCUAGUGUAUCUACGGUCCUUCGUGUGCUACGGAGAAGUCCCUACGCCAUCUUCUCAAAGAGAAAACCUGCUCCAGCGCUAAAGCCUUAUCACAAGGGUGGCGCCGAACUCAUGUCGAAGCGAGUCAACGGUGGAGGAACCGUAAUGAUCUGGGCUGGAGUGUCGAUGUAUGGAAACACUGACGUGGCUUUCCUCGAGGGAAGGCAGGAUGCUGCUAAAUACACGGCGACACUGCGAGAAAAUUUGCUUCCUUACCUGGACAAACUUCGGCUAAAAAUGGGCGAUACUGAGCCUAUUUUCCAGCAGGAUAAUGCAUCAAUUCAUGCGGCCAGGCUCACCAAGGCAUUCCUUCAAGCUAAGAACGUCUCGACAAUGGUGUGGCCUGCCAAGAGCCCCGACUUCAACAUCAUCGAGAACGUGUGGGGACACUUGGCCAGCCGAGUGUACGCAAAUGGUCGUCAAUUUGACACCCGGGCUGAAUUGAAGGCCUGCAUCAAGACGGAGUGGGCUCGCAUUGAACCAGACUACAUCAAGAAGUUGAUAAAAAGCAAAGCGAAGAAUCUUCCGGAGGCGACUGUCGCUGAGGACGCCCAGCGCGUGGCCUUUGAUAUUGUCGUCUGGUCUCAAGAUUCAUCCGUCCAACAAGCCAGCCAGGAAGCUGCGGAACCACCGACCAGCCAGUCAUCGGAGGAAGCACUGCCUCCUGAGAGUCCAGUCGCUGUGGACUCAUACGGCAUUCCGCUUGACGUACACCGCUACCGUCAACCUGGCAAGCGCGAUGACGUAUGGGACGUAGCCCAUAUACUCGCAACUCCAUACGCAGUGGGCGAUGACGACCAUUCGCAGUUUCACAGUACAAAACGUGUUUAUACUUAG